GACCUUGAGCCUCGACGGCCCUGAAGUCAUAGUGUUUAUACAAAGUGGUGGCACCAGACCAGGGGGGAGCCGAGAGCGAGAUUCUGAGGUGGGGGGAAUAGGGCUACGCUGUAAGUGAUCGAGUGAGACUCCCGAUAUUUAAUUCAGCUUUUUUCAGAAGGAAAAGAAAAAACAAUAAUGAGCCUCGGAGAUGCUCCUUCCGCAUUAACCAGCUAUCGACCUGGCUGCGUCGGACUGCGGGCGGCGAGAAACAGGCCAGGGAAGGGCCAGGCGGCUCUUAGGGACUCAGUCACGCUGGCUGAGGGGUGGGGGACGCCCACAGCCCAGGGAGUGAGCCUUCAGACCCAGACGCGGACCCAAGAACCUCGCAUAUUAGAUCCCUCCAGGCUCCCCAGGCCUCGAGCAGAAGCGGCCUCCUGGCUACCCUACUUUCCAACUGAGAACAGCCCUGGUCUGUCCGGGCCAUCUGCGCGCCACGUCGAGACUCAGCGUCCCAGGCAGCUGCGUCCAACGUGGCGCUGGUCCGCCAACUCGACUGGGCCAGUGGAGCCCGGCUGUGGGGUGAAUUCGAGGGUCCGAGGGCAGCUGAACCUUUUCCAGGGAUUUUUAAUCCAACAGAUUAAAUGGUCAGAGUGACACGCUCGCACAGGGAAGAAAAGCAGGUGCAUGGAAGUAGAUUUGGGAAAGUCGCGCGCACGAACGCGCUUCACGCAGAAGCUUCUCCAUCAUCUUGCCUUCUUUCAACAUUCCUAGCGCACAAAGCGCUUUGGAGACUCACUGCAGGCCCUCUCAAUGCUGCCCAGGGAGCAGGGAGUGUUCAGAGAGGGUGUCUGUCCAUCGCAUGCACUUGGCGCGCGUGCGCCGGUUGCGCACCAGGAGCCGCUGCCCGACGAGUGCCCAGAGUCCGCGGCCCGCCAGGCUCUGUGGGCUGCGCCGCGCACUUCACAAGAGCUGAGUCACCAGGCCCGCUUCCUGCCCCCUCCUUACCCAGCC